GUGGAUCGGAAUUUUUCGCCGACGAAUUCUUCUUCUAGGUUUUGGAUCGGAGUCUUAAUGGCAUCGUCAUGCUCCACUUGAUCGCUUUGUUCUAUAGAACUACUUCCUUUGGCAUUAUUUGAUCCUCGCGCGGUGUGAUUUUUUUUAUCUCGUUUUGGAUUGAUGGCUUCGGCUUCUCAGUUCCUGCUGGAGGAUCAAACGGAUGAGGAUUUCUUCGACAAGCUUGUUGAUGAUGCCUUUUCUCCCACCCAAGCUCAGGCUUCAUCCUCUGCCUCAGACCUGAAAUUCGACUACGGAAGUGACUCCGAUGACACCGGAGCUUUUUCUAAUCUCUCCAUUGCCAAAGAUCCUCCUGUGCCUGAUGGAGUUGACACAUUGAAUGAGGGCGCAAGUAGUUCUCUGGGAAUAGACGACGAUCCUUCAUCCACUGCCCUGGAUCCUGUUCAAUUUGUCAACAGAGACGAUGAAAUAAGAUCAGAGGUAGCUGAGAUUCCACUAUCUGAUACAGCAAAAGAAAGCAAGCUAGUUAAUGAGCCCGGGAUUCCUGGGGUUAAGGAGCUUGAUUGGGGUUCGUUUGAUGCCGAUUUAUCUGUUAAUGACGGUCGUGGGUUUGGUUCAUACUCUGAUUUCUUCACUGAGUUGGAUGGAACUGCAGGAAGUUUACAGGGAAAGGCACAAGGAGCUGUGGCCACCGGGGGAAACUUGGUAUCCAAUGAUACGAUGAACACAAGAGAUGGUUUAGAUAAUUCCCCAGGUUCUGACCAACAUCAGGGUCAAGUGCAUCACGAUUCUGCAAGUGGGCAGUACGUAGAUAAUAGUCAAUCUUGGGAAAAUCUCUACCCUGGAUGGAAAUAUGAUGAAAGUACUGGCCAAUGGUAUCAAGUUGAUGGUCAUGAUGCAAGCAUUAAUUCACAUGAGGGCUAUGAAAACUCAACAACGAGUAACUGGGAUAACAUUUCUGCUAAUAACUUGGAUGUUGCUUAUCAGAGACAGAGUACAACUUCCGCAGUGGCUGGCACAGUUGAGAAUGUGUCUACUUGGAACCAGGUUUCACAAGUGAACAAUGGGUAUCCGGAACACAUGGUCUUUGACUCCCAAUAUCCGGGAUGGUACUAUGACACAAUUGCUCAAGAGUGGCGCUCUCUGGACAGCUACAACCAGGCUUUUCAAACUACUGGUCAAGCUAAUGAUCAGCAUGUUCAGAAUGGCAGUUCUCUUGCAGCUAUGUACCAUACUAGAGAGAGUAACGUACAUGAUGUUUACGAUAAAAAGCAGACACUCAGAACGCAAGAAUUUGAUACCCAGAGCCAACAUGGAAAUUGGGAUCAAUCGUACUAUGCCAACAAUCAGCAGACUACAAACACUUGGCAAUCAGAAAAUGCAGGUAACGCUGAGGCGGCUGUAACUUCUGCAUCAUUAUCAAACUUCGGAGGGAACCAGCAAGUAAAUAAUUUGUACAGUACAGGAUCUGUGGCUGAACAGUUCAAGCCAAAUGAGAUUGGCGUUGAGAGCUUCAUACCUCAGCAUACGAAUGUGGCUAGUGUCACGCAGAAUGGACCUAUGAGUUUCUCGAAUGAUUUCUAUAGUAGACAGAAUUCUGUAAAUAAUGCUUCACAAUCAUUCCAGAACAAUCAGCUUUUCUCCCCAAGUGCAGUAAGAUCAUCUGAUGGGCGUCCACCACAUGCACUUGUCAAUUUUGGAUUUGGAGGAAAGCUUAUUGUUAUGAAGGAUGACAGUGGUUCUCUCCAGAGUUCAUCAUUUGGAAGUCAGAAUGGAACUGGAGGAAGCUAUAUCUCUGUCUUAAACUUGGCAGAAAUUAUUACUGGGAGUGCCUCUUAUUCAAGUCUCGGGGAAAACUCUUUGAGCUACUUCAAUUGUCUGGAUCAACAAUCUAUUCCAGGUCCCUUGGUAGGAGGAAAUGCUGGAAGUAAAGACUUACAUAAGUGGCUUGAUGAGAAAAUUUUGAAUUGUGAAUCUUCCAACAUGGAUUUUUCAAGAGGGAAACUUUUAAAGAUGCUCCUUUCUUUGCUAAGAAUAUCUUGUCAGUAUUAUGGGAAACUCCGGUCUCCUUUUGGUACUGAUGCAUCGCAAAAGGAAACGGACUCUGCUGAAGCUGCCGUAGCUAAACUUUUUGCAAAUGCCAAGAAAGAUGGUGUACAAAAUGGUUAUGGUCCUAUUAGCCAAUGCUUACAGCAUUUACCACCUGAAUCACAAAUGCAAGUAAUUGCUUCAGAGGUUCAGACUCUUCUGGCUUCUGGUAGGAAGAUGGAGGCUCUCCAGUGUGCACAAGUAGGUCAUUUAUGGGGACCAGCACUUGUUAUCGCGGCACAACUUGGGCAACAGUUCUAUGUUGACACUGUGAAACAAAUGGCCCUUCGUCAGCUGGUUCCCGGGUCACCUUUACGAACAUUAUGCCUGCUGGUUGCAGGGCAACCAGCUGAAGUUUUCUCAACUGGAAGUACAAGUGAUCUCUCUUUUCCUGGUUCCAUAAAUGUGCCUCCACAACCUCAGUUUGGAAGUACUAGCAUGCUUGACAGUUGGGAAGAAAACUUGGGUAUAAUAACUGCUAACAGAACAAUAGAUGAUGAGCUUGUCAUUACUCAUCUUGGAGAUUGCAUGUGGAAAGAAAGGGGCGAGAUAAUUGCGGCGCAUAUUUGUUAUUUAAUUGCGGAUAAGAACUUUGAUCCAUACUCAGAAAGCGCCAGACUCUGCCUGGUUGGAGCGGAUCACUGGAAAUAUCCUCGAACAUAUGCAAGUCCAGAGGCUAUACAGAGAACAGAGUUAUAUGAAUACUCUAAGACGCUGGGAAACUCUCAGUAUACCCUGAUACCGUUUCAGCCAUAUAAAGUCAUAUAUGCCCAUAUGCUGGCUGAAGUUGGUAAACUCUCGACUGCACUGAAAUACUGUCAAUCAGUAAUAAAAUGCCUCAAGACUGGGCGAUCACCUGAAGUGGAAAUGUGGAAACAGUUUGUUUCAUCUCUUGAAGAGAGAAUCCGUAUUCACCAACAGUGCGGGUAUACAGAGAAUUUGGCCCCGGCAAAACUUGUUGGAAAACUGCUGAACUUUUUUGAUAGUAGAGCACAUCGUGCUGUUGGGGGUAUGCCACCACCUGCACCACAUUCAACCAAAGGAAACCUACAGGGAAAUGAGUAUCAACAUCAACAGCAGGAAGCCACUAAGUUACCAUAUAGUCAAUCAGUUAAUACAAUGUCAUCACUGAUGCCCCCUGCUUCAAUGGAACCCAUACAUGAGUCGGGUGGGAAUGGAAGGAGAAUGGCAGUACAUACUAGAAGUGUAUCAGAGCCAGAUUUUGGUAGAACGCCAAUACAGGAUAUGGCUGGCUCCUCGAAAGAAAAGGCAGUUGACGGGGUGAAAAAGUUGAAAUCCUCUGGGACUGUGGCAGGUUCGCGGUUUAGUCGCAUGCUGGAAAGUGUAGGGAGGGUCUUAGCUCGGCCAUCCAAAGAGGCAAAAUUGGGGGCAGAAAAUCAAUUCUACUAUGACGAUAAUCUAAAGAGAUGGGUGGAAAAAGGUGUGGAAUCCCCAGCUGAGGAAGCUGCACUGCCUCCUCCUCCUACAAUAGGCUCAUUCCAAAACAACUCGUCGGGUUAUGAAAACAAAUCUGACGUGAAUACAUCUAAUGGGAACUGGAGCUCUGGCGGCCCAACUCCAUCAGAUAAUUCUUCCGGAAUCCCACCAAUCUCACACGGUUCGAAUCAAUUCUCAGCUCGUGGGCGUACGGGUGUGCGAGCAAGAUAUGUUGACACCUUCAAUCAAGGCCGUGGAAACUCUCAGACCAUGUUUCAGUCACCUUCCGUACAAACUGCAAAACCACCAAUCCCCGCAAAAGCAAAAUUCUUUGUUCCAGCAGCACCUGCAUCGUUUUCAAACGACCAGGUGAUGGACGCGGCUGCUGUUGAAGCCAGACAGGAGGACAACUCGGCAGAUGAAGUAGUAGCCUCCUCAAGGGCUCCACCACCAUCUCAGACCAUGUUUCAGUCACCUUCUCCACCACCAAUGAUGAUGCAGAGACAUCCAAGUAUGGAUAACAUCCAAAGAAAUGGAUUGGGAAUAAGUGUCAACGGGGAUCAUCAGCCUCCGGCUUCCAGAAGAACAGCCUCAUGGAGUGGAAACUUCAACACUUCGUUUACGCCUCCGACUAGUCCAUCAACCUUCAAACCAGUCCUACUCAACGGUAGCAGCAGCAGCUUAGGAGAGGAGCUUCAGGAAGUGGAACUCUAAGUCACGACUCUAAGUCACGACUCAGCAGUUUUUGGUCACUGUCAGAGGUAGGAAAAUUGUCUCACAGAAACCAAUCCAUGAGGGAAACAUGGAGCUUGGAAUUUACGCCGCCUUCGUCUUCUUCAGGGGCAGGCAAUAUAUAUAAUGGUAGUUUGUACUUUGUAUAGAUGAUUCUUUGCUUCAUUUGGGUUUUGAGAAUGGAACCAAAAGUUGUCUUCGGGAGAGUUGCAAAACUGUACCUUUUUGUUUUUCUCAAUAUAUAAUAAGGUCAAAUCUGACCAAUUUUUCAUGUA